AUGGACAUCCCCCCCGUCCACCUCCCCACCCUCCUCCGCCACCCAGACGACCUCUUCGACAAGCUCUCGGCCCUCAAAACCGAAUUCGCCCGCAAAAAAUCCCUGAUCGACUCCCAGCUCCGCGCCGGCCUGCGCGACCAGCUCGAAACAACCCAAUCCGGCAUGACACACCUAUCCGACUCGCAAAAAACACUACAGUCGAUUAAGGAAGAAAUGAUCAAGAUUGACAAGAUCGCCUCGGAAUCCCAAAACCAGAUCACGGGCACAGACUUUGCGACGAUCAACCUCGUCAGUCAAGCACAUCGUAACUUCAACGCUGUCGAGACGAUGAGGAGGAACCUGGAGGGGUUCGCGGAGAGGGUGGCGGAGGUGGAGGAGAUGCUGAGGGAGGACGAGGCUGAUUACGAGGCGAUGCCGAAUUUGUUGAGGGUGCAUUAUGAGCUGACGAGGUUGAGGAAUAUAAGGGAUGAUGCGAUGGAGCAGAUUAGUAGGGGGGAUGAUCCGGGGUUGAGGGUGACGUUGGAGGAUUAUUUUGAGAGGUUGGAUGGGGUGGUGAGGGUGUUUGAUGAGAGGAUUGAGCUGAUUGCUAUGAGUUUGAUCACGUUGGUGCAGGCGGAGAAUGAGAGUUUGGUGGUGAGGUUUGCGUUGAUUGUGGAGGCGGAGGAGAAGAGUGAUCAGAGGGUUAUGGCGCUGCAGGAGGCGCUGAAGGACCAUAGGGAGAUUGCGACGAGGUUUCAGAGCAUUACUGACGGGGCCAAGACUGUGAGGGGUUACAAGGAGAGGUUUUUGGAGUGCAUCAAAGAUGCGGCGGCGCCGCAGUUUGAAAAGAGCAGGCAGGAGUUUAUGGGGGAUCCGGGGGGGUUGGAGAAGAGUUUGAGGUGGUAUUUUAAUGAUUUGAACACGGUGAGGUUGGGGAUGGAGCAGAAGCAGCUGAUGCCGAGGAAGUGGAAGAUUUUCAAGACGUGGGCGGUGAUCUUUCACCAGAUGAUGCAUGAUUUCUUGAUUGGGAUCGUGGAGGACCCGGAGACGAGCAGUAGCCACACGUUGGAGAUUGUGGGGUGGCCGGAGAAGUAUUAUAGGAAGAUGCUGAAGUUGGGGUUCAAGCAGGAGGAGUUGGGGGUGCAGGUCAUCGACAACAGGGAGACGGAGCUGGUGAGGGAUUUCAGACAGCUCAUCAUCAAGUUUUUAGACGAGUGGAUUGAUCGGAUUUGGGCGGCGGAGAGGAAGGAUUUUGCUGAACGAGGUGUCGACGGCGGGAACCUGGAAACAGACGAGUACGGGUAUUUUCGCAACAAGAACCUCAUCGAUCUCUGGCGCAUGCUGAGGGAACAACUCGAAGCAGCAGCCAACUCCAAGCGAGCGGAUGUGGUCGAGGGUGUAGUCGACGCCAUGUUCCAACGCCUACGCCAACGCCAGCAGGCCUGGCAGAAGAUGCUCGAGGACGAGUCUGCGCGGUACGAAAACUCCACCACGGGCGACCUGGAGGGGUUCCAACCGCUGCAGGACUGGCUUGUGGCCACGGCGAACGACCAGAUAGCCUGCAUAGACGACAACGAGGAAGAAGGCCGGCUGGCUUACCUCUCGGACUUUAGGAAAAAGUUUUCUCCCCUCGUCACGCCCCAGUACAUGGACCGCGCCGAAGCAGAAGUCACCACCCUGCGGGACGGCUACGUUGACUUGUCCACGUGGUGCAUGGCCAAGUUUGCCAGCCUGGUCUUUUCCGUUGACUUUAGGACUGUCAUGCCCGACUUUUUCACGCCAAAGUGGUACACCACCACCCACAUGGCGCGCAUGAUCGCCACGUUUGAGGAGUACGUCUCGGACUACAGGAUGGUGCUGCAUCACUCGCUCGUUGACAUUUUUAUCGAAAUCUUUGCCGACGAGCUCCUCGUCCGGUACCUCGGCUCGGUCAGGAACAAGGGCGCCAAGUUUAGGAGGGUGGAUAACUUUCAGGACAAGAUCUUUGACGACUUGUCUACCGCGUUCGAGUUUUUUAAUUCCCUUCCCAACCCGGAAGUGGGCAACGCCAUCAAGGAGACGUGGAGGGUCACGGAGGCGUUUCUGGGCCUGCUGACUGCGGAAAAGGAACAGAUCCCGGACACGUUUGCAGGCUUCAAGACGUCGUAUUGGGACUUGCAGAUCAGCUGGGUCGAGGCCGUGUUGAGGAGCAGGGAUGACUUUGAGAGGAGUAUGCUGAAUGCCGUCAAGGCGAGGGCCGCGCAGAUGGAUGUGGUUAGGGGGCCGGAGACGAUUAUGAGUAAGGUCAAGUAG